CACACCAUGGCAAUGGCGGCGGCGGCGGCGGCGGCGGUAGCGGGCGGAGCCGCUCAGACCACCGAGCCGCAGCCGCCGCCGCCCGGUCCUUGUUGAGUUACGGCUCCAUUGAGCUGCGCAGCUCCGGGCGGGCAGGAGCGGACCCUGCCGAGAGCGGAGUCCCGGUCCCCGCUGCUCCCCGAGCCAGCGCCGGCACGAUGUUGUUCUCGCUGCGGGAGCUGGUGCAGUGGCUGGGUUUCGCCACCUUCGAGAUCUUCGUGCACGUGCUGGCGCUGCUCGUGUUCUCUGUGCUCCUGGCGCUGCGGGUGGACGAGCUGGCCCCGGGCCUGUCGUGGUGGAAUGUGUUCGUGCCCUUUUUCGCCGCCGACGGGCUCAGCACCUACUUCACCACCAUUGUGUCGGUGCGCCUCUUCCAGGAUGGGGAGAAGCGGCUGGCGGUGCUCCGCCUCUUCUGGAUCCUCACUAUACUCAGCCUCAAGUUCGUUUUUGAGAUGCUGCUGUGCCAGAAGCUGGUGGAGCAGACCAGGGAGCUCUGGUUUGGCCUUAUCAUGUCCCCAGUCUUCAUCCUUCUGCAACUGCUCAUGAUCCGGGCUUGUCGUGUCAAUUAGCCCUGCUAGGAGGGGACACUGCGUUGGACUGGAGAAAAGGAAUUCCAGCAGGGAAGAAUCUGUUCCAUAGGUCUCAAUUUUUCUUCAUGCUUUCUUCAUGCUUUGCAUCCUAGCUCCAGGAGGGUGGGCAGAUGUGUGGAAAAAAACAAAACAAAACACUGAUCACUAAAUAGAGGUAUUCCUUUUUUCCACUUUUUUUUUUUUUUUUUUUUUGCUUUGAGUUGUAUUCCUGCCCCUUCUCCCUCGUUUUCAGUCUCCUUGAUUUGAGAUGAGUUCUCGAUUGGACAGUUUAAUUGCCUAGAUUGUAAAGGAGCUUUGCCGUUAGAAAUUGCUUUUUAAUAAAAUGUACUGUUGGAA